CCUAAAAAUACUCGAUGGAUUCGGGCAGUUAAAAUUUGACAGUUACCGUCCCGCGGCCAUUCCUUAACAGUUAAAAGACUCGGGAAUAUCUCCAAGGCCGGGGGGGCAGAGAGAGAGAAACGACGCGAAACUCAUACAAUCACAUCGUAGCCGUUGAUUUUUUUUCUCUUUUUUAGCCACAUCGAACUCCAACCGUCCGUAUCUUCAACGGCGGUGGCUGUCAUCGCGUCUCCGCCGUCCGAUUACCGAUCCCCGGUGAGCUGCCUCUCGCAUUGGCUCGAAUUCGGUCGCUUUUCAGUUUUUUUUUUUUUUUUUCUGGACAGAAUUGUGGAAAAAUAUAUGAGGUCUCAGUAUUUCCAUUUGCCACUUUGUUUUAGAAAUAUUGGAACUACUUUAAGAAUUUCUUGCGGAGAAAUUGAAAAGUGAUUCAAUUUUGCUGAAACAGUUAGCGAAUUUGUAUUGUUUUUAUUAUUUUGAGAAUUUUAUUUUAUUUUGGGAGUAUUAAUUUGUGUUUUUUCAAUCGUACAAACCAAAUUAUGGAAAAAUCGUGGAUUGUUGUGGGUGAUUAAUCAGAGAUGGAUUUCUGUUUCAGUUAUCUGAGUUUGUUUUAGUUCAAAAUUUGGUUUCCUCGGUCAGUGUCUCCUGGUUAGAAUUCUUGUAUAUGAUGGACAAGAUGAUUUAUUAAUAUUGUUGGACUGGGAAUAUUUUUUUUCCAAUUAGAAUCCUUGUUUUAACAGAGUGAAGGGAUUCUUUUGGCAAUCUAACUUUUAUUGUUGAUCAUUAAUUAGUUUAAGGGCUUCAAUUUAUUCUUUAAUAAGGAACAUGAUACCAUGUGGUGAUUUAGAUAGCACCCUCGAAUUCUUUUAGACUGCAAACACCCUAGCAUCUAUAUCGCCAAUGUAUGUUUGUUAUUUUCCCUCUUUUCUUACGGGCCUACUUUUUUCAAGUCAAUGAUUAUUCAGAUCAUGUAGGCACCUAAGUUGAGAUGAAGAAAAUUAGUUCAUAGAACUUGGCGGACAUGGUGAUGGUUGCCAGUAUGGAUGAAUAUUUGGGAAACCCCAUAAUCAGGCUACUCAUGCCUACUUGGUCAUAGAUUUUUUUCAGAGCAUUAGCAGAUGGCAUCUUCAAUGUAGCAGUUUCCCUGAGUCUCUCCUUUUUUGCUGCAAGCCUUCCAAUGUGAUAAUUAAAGAAGCAAUUCGAAUUUCUUUUUCUCAAUUAUGGUUAUCUUCAGCAUUCCCACGUUCAUUGCUGGCAUUUGAGUUUGGUGUCUGCAUGAGAGAAAGGUUCUCUGCUAUCGCCAUCUGUGCUGCAGGCUUCAAGAUCUUCAAUUUCUUCUCUUCAUUCCACGUUCCCUGAUCUGGAGCACUCUGUACACACAGAUAUGGCAGUUGCAACUUUUAGAGAAGCCCUUAGCGGUGAAUAUUGUGGGAAUAAGAGAUUGGAAAGAAAAUCUUCUGGAAGGAGGCGUGUAUUUGUUCAGACUGAAACUGGCUUUGUUUUGGGUAUGGAAUUAGACAGGAUUGACAAUGCCCAUACUGUAAAGAGGAAAUUACAGCUUGCCCUUAAUGUGCCAACUGAGGAAAGGUCAUUGAUUUUUGGGGAUACAGUGUUAAAAAAUGAUCUGAGUGCUGUUAGGAAUGAUUCUCCUCUUCUUCUCACCAAGAACUCCAUGCAUAGAAGCUCAUCUACCCCAUGUCUUUCACCUACUGUGAAGGAUCUUCAGCAGAGCGACCAGAGUGGUCCAAUUGAGAUAUUAGGAUUUUCAGAUCAUUUUGCCCAAGUAAAAGAAUUGGUGAAGGAAAUUGUAAAAGCAAUGAAGAUUGGUGUUGAUCCUAGUCCUAUUUGUAGCGGGCUUGGAGGGGCAUACUAUUUCAAAAAUUGCCAUGGUGAAAAUGUGGCUAUUGUAAAGCCCACAGAUGAGGAACCAUAUGCCCCUAAUAAUCCAAAAGGCUUUGUUGGCCAAGCUCUAGGGCAGCCAGGCUUGAAACGUUCAGUGAGGGUUGGGGAGACAGGCUUCAGAGAAGUAGCAGCUUACCUUCUCGACUAUAAUCACUUUGCUAAUGUGCCCUCAACUGCCCUUGUGAAGGUCAGCCACUCAAUAUUCAAUGUUAAUUGUGGGGUGAAGGGAAAUAAGCACCAACAGAGAACGGAGGUUAGCAAAAUUGCAUCAUUGCAGCAGUUUAUACCUCAUGAUUUUGAUGCCAGUGAUUAUGGGACUUCAAGUUUUCCUGUUGCUGCUGUGCAUAGGAUAGGGAUAUUAGAUAUACGGAUAUUGAACACAGACAGACAUGCUGGGAACCUUCUGGUCAGGAAGCUUGAUGGGAUUGGGAGGUUUGGUCAGGUGGAGCUUGUUCCAAUUGACCAUGGCCUUUGCCUACCAGAAAGCUUGGAGGAUCCUUACUACGAGUGGAUCCAUUGGCCACAAGCAUCCAUUCCUUUUUCUGAGGAUGAGCUUGAGUAUAUUAGUUGUCUUGACCCCUUAAAAGAUUCUGAUAUGCUUCGAAGGGAGUUGCCCAUGAUUCGAGAGGCAUGUCUCAGGGUCUUGGUGGUUUGUACAGUUUUCCUCAAGGAAGCAGCAGCUUUUGGUCUCUGUCUUGCUGAGAUUGGAGAGAUGAUGAGUAGGGAGUUUCGAGGCCACAUGGAAGAGCCUAGUGAACUUGAGCUUAUAUGCAUUCAGGCGAGGAGUCUGUUAGGGGAGACAGAAUAUCUUUCUUAUGAGGUGAAAGCAGGAGAUAGCGAGGAGUUUCAGUUUGACAUUGAUUGUGAGGGUGAGUUAGAUUUGACUUUAAAUGUAGGAGAAAAAUUGGAAAUGAAACCUCUAUGUCCAGGGUCCAGUGGUGUAAAUGCCCAAACUCUUCUUUCCAAACUGAUGGAAAGUCUGGAGGAGAAAGAUGAGGAGGAAAUUGAAGACUGUGAAGGGAAUGAGUUGACUUUAAGAACAGAUGAAUAUGCUGACUCAAUGCAGGACCAUGUUUCAACCAUUUCGAAGAUGUCAAUGUUAUUGAAAAGUAUCAGUGUUGGUGAGAAGAGUUGGCGACAUGAGGAUGUGAUGCAGAAGAGUGGCUAUUUGGCUGGUACAUCAUCUGGAAAUAGGAGUGCAAAUGAGCAGCUUGCUGCGAGCACCACUUUUGUGAAGCUGGCUGAUUUGACUGAAAGGGAGUGGAUGCAGUUCCUUGAGCAUUUACAGAAGUUACUAUGUCCAGCUUUUGCUCAUCGUAAAUCAGGGAAUGUUGGUCAGAGGCAUAGACAGAGGCUUGGGACAUCUUGCCAGUUUUGAGGGUUAGUUAAUGGAUGCUAUAAAUGUGGGAAAUGAUAACUAGAAAAAAUUGCAAUCAGAAAUACGUAAGUGAUUUUGGUGUGUGAGGAGGAUGGAUUUCAUUUAUGAUUUGGGAUAAUGUUAUGUUGCCGAAAUUUUGGAUGGUACAAUGUGGUCAUCAGCUGCUUGAGGUGAGGCCUAAGUUUUUAUUCUUCUAUAUGUAGUCUCUCUGUUUUGUUUUCUUUUUUGGUUGCACUGCUCCAUGUUCAGCACAAUGAGUGUCGAAUAUAACAAAAAUAGAGUGUGUAGGGAAUAAAUAAGACAUGUAUAGGUAUGGGUGUCAUGUAGGAGUUAUUUAUGCUUUGACUUAUUCUCAGGUAUUUGCUGUGUCCUCCUCCCUUUUGUAGUGAGAGAGGAGAAUAAUGGUUAAUGUCUCUUGGAUGUUCAGUGUCUGAUAUAUGUGAUUUCUUAUGUUUAGCA